GAGGGCAAGAGGAAGGGUCUUCACCAAUGGGGUAGCAGAAGGCGGCCCGAUUCGCCAGCUCUGGAAAUGGGAGGAUCACCUAGGAGGAUUUCCUGUUCAGUCGUUCCCAUGCCAUUCUCGCGAGCGCUCAUGCCGACCACGAGGAACGAAAUGACGCGAGAUCUGUGAAAGUGCCGUGCCGUCACUGCCUGAUUUUACGCGGCGACAACUUUUCGGUGUGCCAUUUUGAACUCUUUUCCCUCCUUAGUCUGGAUUAAAGUCAAACUGGCGGCGAACAACCCCAACCAUACCAUGUUCACCCGGUUCGACGCUUCCAAGUCGACAAAAGGGGCGAGCAAACAGAGAAGGGAUUCGAUAAACGCUGAAAUCGCCAACCUCCGUGACUUGCUGCCGCUUCCUCCUUCGACGCGGCAGAGAUUGUCACAGCUGCAGCUCAUGGCACUCGUGUGUGUGUACGUCAGGAAGGCCAACUAUUUCCAGCAAGUUUUCAAGAGGCACGAGAGCCACCACGGCCUUCACCAGAUGCCAACCCCCAAUAUCGGCUUCUCCAAGGCGCUGAGUGGGUUCCUGAUGAUGAUGACGCAAAAUGGAAAACUACUUUACAUCUCGGACAACGCAGCCGAGUAUCUCGGCCAUUCUAUGGAGGACCUACUCAUUCACGGGGAUUCGAUGUACGAUAUGAUUGAUAAGCAAGACCAUCAAGGGAUUCAAGGUGAACUCCUCCGUUCUGCGAACACCCCAGGCGACGACUCGCGCAUCUUCCUAUGCCGGAUGAACGUAUCGAGAAACGCCCGGCGACAAAUGAGGUUCGGAGACCAGAAGGUCGUACUCGUCCAGGGCCAUUACCUAUCCUUCCUACCGCUUUGUUCUCGCAACGAGCCAGUCUUCUUGGCUACAUGUACACCGGUUGCCAUGCCCGAGACCAGAGAGUGUGUCGUCCAGGGAGCGACCAACGUCUUCACCACCAUUCACUCCAUGGAUAUGAAAUUCGUACACAUAGACCGGAAUGGUGAGUGGCACCUGGGGUUUCCUCGGUCAGAGCUGCAGGGGGCUUCUUGGUAUCAACUGUUGCACUGGGAGUCCAUGAGGGAAGCGCAGAGCAAGCACAGGCUGAUAACCCAGUCGGAACAGGAUAGAUCAUGCAUUUUACUUAUACGAAUUCAGAGGAGAGGAGGCGACUGGCUUUGGGUCCACUGCGUCCUCCAGGUGAAAGAGAACAUGGAAAACAGUCAGCAGCCUCUGAUUGUCGCUACCAACCAAGUCUUGAGUGAAUCGGAAGCUGGUGUGAUGAGAGUGAACAGUUGGCUGUAUCAUUACUACACUGUUCAAAGCAAGCUGCAGUACGGUUUAACAUAUGAACCUCAUACAGCGUCGCCAGUAGCGAGGCUUGGCGGGACCACGAACUACUACCAACACCCUCAUACGAUGUCCCCUUACCAUCAGGAAGCCCCGCCAACCCAGGUUUACCACCAGAUUUCUCCGUCGCAUCACCAUCAACCCAUACCUCAGCCUAUCGGACACCCGGAGGCGUUCAGGUACGGGAGAAGGAGCGAUCCCGAACCCGUCGACUACAGCGUACACAGCGAUGGUGAAUUAAAAGUGGAGAAUUCGCCGAGCGCCUCACCCUCUUCCGAAGUGAUGGUGGAUCUGGACCGAGGGAGCGGAGGGACGGUCCUCCUGUCGGCGACUCAGUCGUUGGGAAGAUCGCGGUUACUGGUGAAAGCCGCUACCACCUUAGACCCGGCAGAGUUGAUGGAGCAGUGGAACCCUAGCCCGCCCUGGUCCGACACGACUUUGCAGAAAGUACCCGACAUACUACACCAGGACUUGAGUCCGUAUGUGACGACCCCUCCUACACCCGGAUCGGCGGUUUCGUUACAACACCCGCCGACUCCAGCCUUCACCUUCGAUUGGACGCCGGAACAGUAUGUUCCUAACCUUCAACCUUGCACUGCGAUUCCUAUCAUGGAGGAGGAACACACGUUGCUCGGAUGUUGGACCGCGCAACCUGCCGAUCAUCGACUUUUCCCUCUCCAACCUCCCCCUCCCCCCAGGCCAUCGCUCAUCCUCAAGAUUGACCAGGAAUCAGACCAUCUCCUUCAGCCUAUCAAAGAUGAAAGGCAGUCGGGUGUUUAAAGUGUCAAGGAAAACGAACAUUUAUACAAAACAAAGAAUUUCUUUAAGUGCAUUGUAUGAUAAUGAAUUACGUGUAAGGGAAAGAAGACCUAUUGUAUGACAUAUUGUCAAUCGUACGCUCCAGCAACUGUGAUACGUUCUAAUUUUCUUGAACAAUUUAAAUAGUAGUAUACGGAAAGAAUCUUGUGAAUUUAUGUACUCUAAGAAUACCGCCGGGCGGUGCAAUAUCAAUGAAAUUGUACAAAUUAAACUGUUAAAAACGAUUGUUAGUAUGAAACCAUUUUCUCGUCAGACAAUCAUCUCUGUUUGUUCUGUGUUUAUUGUAGUUCAACAAUUGAGUGCCAUCUACAAAGCCUUAAUCUUUUUUAAGCAUCACCAGGACCUAGAUCAUCAACAUCACCAUCAUCAUCAUAAACCUCAGUGCCAAACAGAUAACCAAUAAGCCAGUUUUAUUCCAUUGUAGAUAUUUUUUAAAUAUAUUUUCCGUAUACGAUUUUGUAUAACGUCUUGUACGUCGAGAAAACUGUAUUUUAAAGAUGGUCUUCUAAAAACGUUUCAAUGAAAUGGACCACUUUUUUUUCAAUACAUCUUUAAAAUACAUUUUGAUAUAAAAUUAUAAUAUUAUAGCUGUUACAAGUAGUAAUUAAAUUAUAAUGUAAAUAUAAUUCCGUCCCAACGAUUUAAAUGAAAUAUUUAUUGUUUUAAUUUAUAUAUUUUUACUGUAAUUUGCCCGUGUAACGGGCCGUGAGAUUCUGCUUUUCCAGUCGGUUCUGAACCGUUAUUUGGGACAGACUUCGUUUUCAUUCUUUUAUAUUCUCAUUGUAAUUUUGCCGAUGAAAUGUAAAUAAUAAAUUGUGAAUAAUUUUAUUAA